UACUGAGAGUUCGUAUUGUUCUGCUGAACACACCAUACGGCACAAACCGCCGACCUCAGUCUCAACUUUCAAGAGCUCGUUCUCUCUCUCUCUCUCUGAUUACCAUGGUGAAAGGUGAAGAUAUAGAGAGAAGGAAGAAGAACAAAGCCAAUCGAAAGAAGCUGAAUCGCAAGGAUUCGUCUAACUCCGUUUCUGCACGCGUCGCCGCCAUCAUCGCCUCCAAGAAGCGCCGCAAGUCCGGUAAACGCAGUCAAUGCCAGGGGAUGUGUUUUAGUCCUCCUACCCUCGAUGAACCUUCCCAAGACAAGCAUGGUAAAAAGAAUCGAGACAGAAAGGGAAGCAAUAAAGAUAUGUCUUACAAAACCGAUAACAAGGUUUCUUCAAAGGAAUAUAAGGAUGCUUCUCGUAAACCAGCUCUUAGUAAGAAGAAGAAGGAUGCGAGUGUAAAUGAUUUAAAUGGGAAAGUUGAAGCUGCAAAUUCAAAGACUCGACUUAAUGGAAAUGGUAGUGUUCAUGAUCACCAAAGAAAGGCCUCUUCCGGUUGUCCUUCUAAGUAUCACAUUAUGUGCUUGAAUGAAAUAGAGAGUGCAUUGCGUCAGGAUGGCACCAACAUCAUUGACGAGGAUAAACCUUUCUUUGCUAGUACUUGGGGAAUUGAGUUUUGGAAAUGUUAUUCAGCUGGUAAAGAUGUACUAGAGACAAGUGGAGCUUCUUCAACCGUAGAGAAAAUUGCGUGGAUUGUUAGCAGUGCUGCAGACACCAUUUCUAAGAAGGACGAAGAAGGUCUAUCGUAUGCCAGCCCUUUUCUCUUGUUUCUUGUGCCAUCCCAAGAGAAAGCCACGAAGGUGCGCUCAGUGUGUAAACCUUUGAAAGUUCAUGGAAUACAUACAGUGAGUAUCCAUCCUGGUGCUUCCUUAGAUCACCAGAUCCAAGGUUUGAAGAAUUGCGAGCCUGAGUUUCUAAUUUCAACCCCUGAGAGACUUUUGGAGCUUAUUUCUUUGAAGGCUGUUGAUAUUUCUGGGGUCUCUUUACUGGUUAUUGAUGGACUGGAAGCUCAUUGCAGAAACGGUUAUGUUGAUAGUAUUGCAGCUAUUACAAAAUCUUUAUCCGGGAACACUCGCCGCUUGGUUUUCAAUGAUUGUGUUAGUUCUUCACAUGCCUCUAUUUUGCAAAAGCUUAUAACAGGACCGGUUCAUAGAUUAUCUCUAAAUGAUUCUCGUACAGUGCAUGCCUUAUCCAGUCUGCAGAAGAAAAACAAGCUAAGUGUUGAAAUUGAUGAGAUGGAAUGAUGCCAACGGUCACCUGAAUUGCCAUGGUCGAAAUGCUUUCAUCUGAUUUAGCAGAGUGCCAAUUUGUUAUUAUUGUACUCAAUUUUGUUUUCUGGAUGGACAGAGUUUUGUUCAAAUGCACAAGGAUGGCACGUUACACUGUGUCUAUGGCAGAGUAUCGCAGUGUUAAAAUAUGUCUUGGGGGCACCAUAUACGAUAACCACAAGUUAAAAAAACAGCUCAAAUGAUGUAAUCGGGCAUAGUCACAAUUUUGUUUUGUUUUUAAGCAUAUAAUUAUUUUUCUAUUAUAAAAUCAUCUCUUUGGUGCUA